AGUUCGUUUUGUAUUGUCGCGUCGCAGGCCAAUCGCCAGUCAGUGCCCGUGCCUCGAGUCGCAAGCUUGUCGCAACUGACAGUCACACUAGGCGGCCAUAACUUGACACAAACUUUCACUUUCGGCGAUCGCAAACUAUUUGUAUUACUCGACUCGAUUUGAAAACAAUGGAGCGCGUUCCUAAAACGUGUCCGCGGAUGUAAAUAUUUAAAGUGCUGCGUGAUAAAAUGAUUCAAAAUAAUAAGGUUCUUUCCUCACAAGGCUGUAUUCUUACGGUGCAUUUCGUCUGAAAUAAUUAACAGUUCAGUGUUAGUGGUUAGAUCAGUGAUUAUUAAAAAAUCCACAGGCAGAAAUUGAUCGCGUGUAAUAGGAACUAUUAAUAAUAAAUCGACGUACUAAAUCACCAUGGGAAAAGAUUAUGGGGAACCAUUAAAAUACGAUCCUGACUUCAAGGGGCCAAUUCACAACAGAUCCUGCACCGAUAUCAUAUGGUUGUUACUAUUCAUCGUCUUCCUAGGAGGAUGGGGUUUCGUCGGUUAUUAUAGUAUGAAAAAUGGCGAUGUGAGAAAGCUACUGGCACCAAUAGAUACGAAGGGUCGUCGAUGUGGUCUAGAUUCAGGAUUGGAAAAUAAGAAAUACCUUAUGUUCUUCAACAUAGCUCGUUGCUUGCAACCUGGAACUCCUAUCACUGGGUGUCCCACUCCACAGGUCUGUGUGGAGAAAUGUCCCGGAGAAACGAUUUUGUUCGAAACAAGGCUAACACCGGCUACAUUCAAUACGUACAGAAAUUCUAUGGUGUGUACUGAUGAAGUCAACAUGAAUUCAUUGACAUACGACCAAGCGCUCACAUAUAUGCGGCAAGAAAAAUGCGCCAGCUACGUUUUGAAGAGCCAACCAGUGUUGUUCCGCUGCAUCGGUGAUCUAUCGACCAUGCCCCAGUGUAAGGGCGCCAGCACGACCUCCCAGAGUGAUGACAGCGGUCAGACCUGCGUGAGGGACUACAAAGUGGCGCAGAAGUCUCUGUUUAACCGUGCUACAGCCCUCGACUCGUACGUGGGCUGGAUAGCUGCCAGCUGGGUGAACUACUUCACCAGGAAUGAACGUGAUACACACGUUCUGUCGGCGCAAAUAGUACAAGAUCUGGUACAGUCGCGGUGGUACAUGGCGGGCGCGCUCGUGGGCGUGGUGGUCAUAUGCUUUUUGUACAUCCUCCUGCUGCGGUGGGUGGUCACGCCUGUCGUUUGGGCUUCCAUCGCGUGCCUACUGGGAGCCCUAGCCUUUUCAUUAUACCUGUGCUACAACAACUACAUUUACUACCGUAACAAUCCCGUCAGCCUUCAUCAGACUACCAACCUCAAAGGUUAUGCAGAGUCAAUCUUUAGCAAGAAGGAAACCUGGCUAGGUAUCAUGAUAGUUGUUUCCGUGGUGCUGCUCGUACUUCUGCUCAUCGUUAUCUUUUUAAGAAAACGGAUAACCAUCGCCAUAGCUCUCAUACAAGAGGGCAGCAAAGCUAUAAUUGCAAUAAAAACGACGGUGUUCUUUCCAAUAAUUCCAUGUGUGCUACAAUGCGCCGUGAUUGCUUACGGAAUAUUCGUUUUAAUGUUCAUCAUGUCCAUGGGCGAGUCUGCCUUUCGGGUAGUCAACCUCAAGAAUGACACAAGUUGUGACUGUCGAGGAGUCUACACUGAGGAUUAUGUGGACUGCAACCCAGCAACUUUUACACUAAAUUGUCACGAUACAAGUGAAGGCUCUUUGAAGCCUUGCAACUUAGCUUCAUGCCACUUCACGGGUUUGGAUAGUCCCACGAGCGUGAUUUAUUUACAUCUCGUCAAUUUGCUUGCCUUUUUCUGGACUAUGUUUUUCAUCAGCGGUGUCUCAGAUAUGAUGCUAGCAAGUACAUUUUCUACUUGGUAUUGGACAUUUCACAAGAGAGAUCUCCCUUUCUUCACCUUAACUGCUGGUAUCUGUAGAACGUUGCGAUACCAUUUAGGAACUGUUGCAUUUGGUGCACUUAUUAUAGCCAUAGUGCGGGUCAUAAGAGUAAUUCUUGAAUACAUUGACCAUAAGAUAAAGAAGUUUGACAAUCCAUUCACAAGAUGUAUACUUUGUUUCUGUAAAUGUUUCUUCUGGUGUUUGGAGAAUUUUCUCAAGUUCAUCAAUAAGAAUGCAUACAUCAUGUGCGCUGUACACGGCAGGAAUUUCUGCAAGAGUGCAAGGGAUGCCUUUUCGUUACUUAUGAGAAACAUAAUAAGAGUCGUCGUCUUGGAUAAGGUGACAGACUUUAUUUUCUUCCUGUCCAAGUUAUUGAUCUCGAUUGGUGUGGGUUUCGCCGUUUAUUAUUUGGUGCAGUGGAAUCUGGUGUAUGAAGUCACGCAAGGCGAGAGACUCCACUAUAGUUAUACGCCUGCCAUCAUACUCAGUAUAGCAACCUACCUCAUCAGUUCUAUAUUUUUCAAUGUUUACUCCAUGGCAGUAGACACAUUAUUCCUUUGUUUCCUGGAAGACUGCGAACGGAACGACGGUUCAUCAGAGAAACCAUACUACAUGUCUAAAAAUCUUAUGCGAAUUCUGGGGAAGCAUAACAGAAGAGAUUGAAAUAAAAAAAAUAUAUAAUGUGCCAAAUUAUUUCUCAAUUAGAGUGUAAAAAUUGUGAGAAAGUGAAUCAAAAUAACAAAUGAUUUUGAUAUUACCAUAACAGUAUUUUAUAAAUCAUUAAUUUGUAAUUUAUAUUGAAAUUUAAGCCAUUUGUAUGGUCAUGAAAAGCAUAUCGACGCUGGAAAGCAAACAUGUAUUAAACUGCAAAACCAAAAUUGUUCUUCAGAGCAGAAAAACUUAUUUUUUUUCGAUAAAUUAUUCCUAUGUACGUCCAUGAUAACAAAUAAGAUGUUCCUUAGUCAAUUAAUACAGAAAAAUGGUUUUAUUUUUGAAAAAUAUAAAGAUUUUCCACUCUAAAUAUCCAUUUUGGUUUUGCAGGUAACUACAUGUUUCCUUUCCAGUGUCGAUAUGAAUGUAUUAAUUACUUAAUUCAAUUUACCUUGUAUAUAUAAUUAUCAUUGUGUAUAAACUUUUUAUAUAGGUAUUAUGUUUUACAAAAAGUUUUAUACAAAACAGUAUUUUUGUGAUAAGUACCUAGUUUAAAAGACGCGUUGUCAUAUUCUUUAUCAAACUAUUGUCUGCAGUGUUAUUCUGUUAAAAUUACAGCGUCGAACAUAGUGCUGUUGCAACAUUAGAGUUUCCACUAAAUGAAGCCUACUUCGAAAUGUAAUUAAAGUUUUAUUUGAUUGAACCUCUAUCUUGACAGCGUUGCGUUCGACUGUAUUUGUUACAGAAUAGCUUAGCUGAGUAAUAAUAAAGACUAUGAUUUUUACAAUUUCAAUAAAACUACUUUUGAGCUAUUUAUAAGACUGGUUUUACACAAUAAAACUUGAAAGAGAUGCAACCCUUUUAGAGGUUAACUUUUAGAUUUAAUCUUAUGCCAAAUAUAGGAUUACUCGUUUUAAUAAUUUGAUUUUACUAUAGUUUUAUUAUUGUUUUACGGAUUUUAAUAAUAAGUGACUUAAGAAAUAAGCCCUGCAGAUGAAUUGGACCAAACUUAUUUGUACAUCGUAAAUAUAAUUAAAUUUCAAAAUUCACUUAACAAAGAAUUCACUAAUAUGACUAUUAUUUUGUCAUAAAAUAGUUAAGAUUUUUGAUAUCAAGAUUUACUUCCAUAAAAAUGUAAAUUAUUUUUAUAAGUAAAUAAAAUUCUUGUUGUAAAUUUCGUAUUUUUGUAUGCCACUUACCAUUACUAUAAGUUCAAUGAUUACAAGCAUUUCAUUCUUCCAUAAUGUUGUUUAUUCUAUGUUGUGUUAAAAAAGCUACAUCUAACAUCGCUUCUGGAUCUAGUAAAUCCUUCACAGACUCAUAUUUCAAACUCUCUUCAUAAGCAAACAUAAUACUUGUGUCAUCUAGCAUCAUCUUGGAGGCUACUAGUGCUGCAAUGCAGUUCUUGAUCCUUGCCAUUGUUUCUCUGUCUGAUCUUGUUACUGGCUGUCAAAAUAUUAAUAUAUUUAACCUCUCUAAUAUAUAUUUAAGAUAACAUUGCAAAAUAAAAGCAACAACAAAGCUGACUAAGAUACAUACACAUAUAUUUAAAUAUUUGAAAACGAUAGGACAAAUUCUAUAAAUUAAAAAAGUUCAAUACUAAAGAAAAGGCUGCAUGGUCACCAGAUCUUUGCCUCAAAAGGAAAAGAAAGUACAAUUCAAUAUUCACCUGCAUAUCAUAAUUCUCAAUUUCAUCUGUGUUCUCUUCAACCAUUAUGUCUUGUUUUUGUGGGCUAAUCCAUAUGUAACCAUUAUUACCAAUUAUAACUGAAAUUCCACAAGGCAGAUUGUGAAAAUGAUUUUUUCUUCUUUUAACCAGAGAUGGGAAAACUUUUAUUAGUGUACCCUGGGGCAACUGACAAAAAAAAAGCAAAAAUGUACAAAUAUAUAUUUAAUAAAGUUAAGAUACCUAAUGGUCUAUUGAUUUUCAUCUUAUAUAAUAAGUUACUAAUAUUUUAGGGAUUCAAAUGCUGCCUCAUUUUUUUGUCAAGUAUCAUAUAAUAUAUAUUUAUUUUUGAAACGAAAAUUUUUGAAAAGUAUGGCACAGAUUAAGUUUAAAUGGAGGAAAUGUAUAAAUUACUAUUUUUUUUAUAAUAAUAAUAAAUAAUAAUGCAUUAAAUAUACAUUAGUACCAAAAAAAUGAUUAGUACCCACAAGAAAAAAAAGGGCUUCAUUCCUUUUGCUUUGAAAGUCCACUGAUUUACUUUUUACAUAGAUGGGGAAGGGUCAAAAAUUGGCAAAAACAUUUUAGUAAUAAAUGAAUGUUUCUACUUAUAAUAUAAAUGUUUCUAAACAUUGUUUCUUCAAAAUAUAAAAUGAAAAAGCACAUAAUUUUUUCCUUUAUAAUAUACUUUUAAACAUGGUUAAAAAAUGGUCUUAAUAGUUUUUUAAUACUUCCACUAAUACAUAAAUAUAUUUUAUAUAUAGUUUGACUAUGAGGGCAUUGUGGAACCUGUUAUACCUAUAGCUGUAUCAAUUUAUAUGUAGAAGUACUAAAUAUUAUACACACAAUUUUAAUUUAUUUACCUUGCCAUAUUUUAAGCUUCUUGUAUGUAAUGAAAGUGAUCCAUCAGAAAAUAUACUUUGAACUUCUGCACUAAUAAGAUCACCUUCUUGCAAGUGUUUCCUCAUCAUUUGCUCAUCUUCAGCAGACCUACGGCGCUAAAAUCAUAAUAAAACUUAAACAUUUACAGUCUUAUUAUAAAACAAGGGCUAGAGUUUAAGUAGUUAAAAUUAAACCAUUGGCCAUCUAAGGCCAAUUGACAAUGACAAAAGAGAAAACAUCAAAUGGUUGUCUGGAAGAGAUCGCUUCCAGCGAAAAGACCGCCUUUGCCCACUUAAAACCAUGAAUUCUAUGUAAAUUGUUAUUAUGAUGUAUGUAGUGUUAAGUGUAAGUGUUAAAUAAUAAUAAUAAUUGUUGACUAUCAUUGGUCGGGUAAUCAGUUCAACCUGGUACUAAAGUUAGUCCUCAUUUUAUAAUGUCACAGUCCAUUUUAUUAUCAAAUAAGGACUAUUAGACUACUAUAGCAAUUUUUUCAUUAAUUAACAUAAAAAAUGGUGUAGAUCAAACUAGCCUAACAGAGAAUAACAAUAUUAAAGAAUAUUUAUAGUGUACUUCGUGAGUACCAUGAGUAGCUUGGUGCUGUAGUGGAUAAGCGUUGCGGCCCACGAUUUUUGUUGUUAAGCAACUUUCGCAAGGAUCGGUCCCGGGAUGGGUGAGCAAAAAAUUAUUAUCUUGAGCUACUCUGUACUUAGAAAGGCAUGUGAAGCCGUCGGUAUCGGCUGCAUUUGCAGUCGUUAAUACCCUCCAAUCUACAUUGGGCCAUGGCUCAUCCCUAAGAAAGGCCUGAUCUCCCGCAAUGGGGACGUAAAAAGGCUGAUGUGUAUGUUGAUUAGUGUACCAGUUCUCCUCCAGGUAGAUUAACAGCUGAAAGUUGCAGAACAGAGUCUAAUCUUGAAUUAGUUUCGACUUUCCAUCUACGUUGCUGCACCUCAAGAACACGUCCCACAAUCACAUCUCCGAUUUCUCCGACGUAACGACUUUUCAAAGGUCGAAUACAAAUCAAUUUGUUCACUUUUUGCAUAACACCAGCAACAGAAGCUUUAAGGCAGUCAUCUUCAGCAUAUGUUCCAUGACCACUGAAAAAUGCAACAUAUUACUCAUGCAUACUAUUUGCUGAUGCUAUGCUGAUCUGUUACUAUGCCAUAUAAUAAAAAUAAUAUAGAAGUAAAUAAAACAGUGGAAGCUUUAGUAACUUGGUUAAAAGAA